AUGGCUGGACUUCUCAAAACUGGCCUUCUGCUGCUUGGCUCGACCCUCGUCGCAGCCGCACCCCUUGCCGAGCGCGCAGACACCUGCGCAACUAAGGGCAAGCCCUCGGGCAAGGUUCUUCAGGGAUAUUGGGAGAACUGGGAUGGAUCGUCAAACGGUGUCCAUCCCCCCUUCGGCUGGGUGCCGAUCACGGAUUCUCGAAUCAAGCAACAUGGUUAUAACGUGAUCAACGCUGCCUUCCCCGUCAUUCGGUCCGACGGCACGGCGCUGUGGGAAGACGGCAUGGACACCGGCGUCAAGGUUGCAACUCCAGCCGAGAUGUGCGAGGCCAAGGCGGCCGGUGCCACGAUCCUCAUGUCCAUCGGUGGUGCGGCGGCUGGCAUAGAUCUCAGCUCCAGCACCGUCGCGGACAAGUUUGUGUCUACCAUUGUCCCGAUUCUCAAGAAGUACAACUUCGACGGUGUCGACAUCGACAUCGAGACUGGGCUGAGCGGCAGCGGAAACAUCAACAGCCUCUCCGCCUCCCAGGCGAAUCUGAUCCGAAUCAUCGACGGCAUUCUUGCGGCGAUGCCCUCCAACUUUGGUCUGACCAUGGCGCCCGAGACAGCCUACGUCACGGGCGGAAGCGUGACGUACGGUUCCAUCUGGGGCGCUUACCUGCCCAUCAUCAAGAAGUACGCCGACAACGGCCGCCUGUGGUGGCUGAACAUGCAGUACUACAACGGUGCCAUGUACGGCUGCUCGGGCGACUCGUACUCUGCCGGCACUGUCGAGGGCUUCGUCGCUCAAACCGACUGCCUGAACAAGGGUCUCGUCAUCCAGGGCACCACGAUCAAGGUCCCGUACGACAUGCAGGCCCCCGGUCUGCCUGCGCAGUCGGGUGCCGGUGGUGGCUACAUGUCUCCGGGCCUGGUCGGACAGGCUUGGGACCACUACAACGGAGCGCUCAAGGGGAUGAUGACGUGGUCGAUCAACUGGGAUGGGUCAAAAGGCUGGACCUUUGCCGACAACCUCAAGGGAAGACUUGGUACGGCUUAG